UUAACGCUCAGGCCGGGGGAGGAGAGGGGAAGGGAGGGAGGACCUGCCCUAACGAAGCGUUGGGUGGUGGGAAGAGUGAGGCUGUGGUUUCUGGGUGUUGCGGGACAAGCCACGCGCCGUGUUAAACCCAUUGUUGCUGAAGCGGUUGGCUAGGAAACUACGGGAUUCUGUACCUUGAACGUGUUCACAGUUGCAAGGUACGCAGGCGCCUUUCAUUCUCCCCGGGGCACACUGCCCUGGCUCCGCGGUUAGUGAGCAGUCCUGGUGUGGCUGUAGACGGUGUAACACGUCCUGGCCCUGAAACUGCCCAGAAGCGAGUUUUCAGCCAACACGCGUUGGUCGCGGGGUGCUGGGAGAAGGGGACAGACGGAGGGACUCUAUAGCUGUACUGCAGUUUUACUUUCCAUUAAGAAAAUCAUUACAUAAAGAUCUGGAACGAGAGAUGAAAACCGAGAAUCGUAUUGACAGUUUUUUAAAGUCUAACAUUGAUUUUAAAUGGUAUAUACUUCGUUUAGUGACUACAUAUCCACACACCUAUGAAAGGUUUGCAAAUACAUACACAUAUAGAUAUAUAUUACAGAUAGAGAUUUUAAAUGUUUGGCCACAAACGGUGGGACCUGCGAUCCUUGUUUGGAGGCAGCGACGCGCCAGGCGCGCUUCUCCGCUACGAGAGCCUCCCCGCAGCCUCCGGCCCUCGCGGGCCGCGCAGUCCCACCGCGUCCAGCUCCGGAUCGGCCGGGAGUCCGCCCGCGUCGGCUCACGCACCGCAGCCGCCGCUGGGAGACAAACCCGGAGUCCGGUUACAACCUGCAAUUAACAUAUGAAUGUAACGAACUUGUGGACGCGCGAGUGGAGUGGAGGGACCCGGAGCCGGCGGCGCCCGAGCCCCAAGCUCGCCGGAACUUUUCCUUGGGUGUAAAAACUCUUUGAUUGGCUGCUCGCACGCGCCUGCCCGCGCCCUCCAUUGGCUGAGCAGACACGCGACCGGCGCGAGGAGGGGGCUGGGAGAGGAGCGGGGGGAGCCACAGUGGCGCGUGCCGCUUUUUAAAGGGGCGCAGCGCCUUCAGCAACCGGAGAAGCUUCGUUGCACGCGACCUGGUGUGCGAUCUCCGAGUAGGUGGGGGAGGGUUGAGGAGGGGAAAAAAAAAAGAUAUUGCAGUAGAGAGCCGGGAAGGUUUGUUUGUUUGUUUGUUUGUUUGUUUUGCUUUGCUUUGUCCAGCUGGUUUUCCAGUGCCUCCUCCGACCCUGCACCUCCGAGCCUCUUCAGUGCAAUGUCCCGCCUGCUGCACGUAGAGGAGUGGGCUGAAGUGAAGGAGUUAGGGGACCACCAUCGCCAUCCCCAGUCUCACCACCUCCCGCAGCCGCCACAGCCACCUGCGACCCUGCAGACCAGAGAGCAUCCUGUCUACCCGGCGGAGCUGUCCCUCCUGGACAGCACCGACCCACGCGCCUGGCUGGCCCCCACUUUGCAGGGUAUCUGCACGGCACGCGCCGCCCAGUAUUUGCUGCAUUCCCCGGAGCUGGGUGCCUCCGAGGCCGCGGCGCCUCGGGAGGAGGUGGACAGCCGGGGGGAGCUGGUGAGGAGAAGUGGCGGCGGCAGCAGUAACAAGAGCCCUGGCCCCGUGAAAGUGCGCGAACAGCUGUGCAAGCUGAAAGGCGGGGUGGUGGUUGAAGACCUGGGCUGCAGCCGCCAGCGUGCCCCUUCCAGCAAACAGGUGAACGGGGUGCAGAAGCAAAGGCGGCUGGCGGCCAACGCCAGGGAGCGGCGCAGGAUGCACGGGUUGAACCACGCCUUCGACCAGCUGCGCAACGUUAUCCCGUCCUUCAACAACGACAAGAAGCUGUCCAAGUACGAGACCCUGCAGAUGGCCCAGAUCUACAUCAACGCCUUGUCCGAGCUUCUCCAAACGCCCAACGGCGGGGAGCAGCCACCGCCACCGCCAGCGUCUUGCAAAAGCGACCACCACCACCUUCGCACCGCCGCCCCCUAUGAGGGCGGUGCGGGCACGGUGACCGCAGCUGGGGCACAGCCGGCGUCCGGAGCGGGCCAGCGGCCCACCCAGCCUGGAAGUUGCCGGACUCGCUUCUCGGCCCCGGCCUCGGCGGGAGGAUAUUCCGUGCAGCUUGACGCUUUGCAUUUCUCGACUUUCGAGGACAGCGCCCUGACGGCGAUGAUGGCGCAAAAGAACCUGUCGCCUUCGCUGCCCGGGGGAAUCUUGCAGCCAGUGCAGGAAGAAAGUAGCAAAACUUCGCCCAGGUCUCACAGAAGCGACGGAGAGUUUUCCCCCCAUUCCCAUUACAGUGACUCGGAUGAGGCAAGUUAGGAAGGUGACAAACACCCUGAAAACUGAGACAGAAACAAAAUCGUCCUUUCCCAGUGCGCGGAAAGCCCCGCGGUUAAAGAUCCCCGCACCCUUUUAAUUUUUCCUGGGCUAUGGUCGUUGUUUAGCAACGACUUGGCUUCGGAUGGCAGCUACAUUUGAUGCUUUGCAAAAGCCGCCCAUAUUACAAACUUCCUGUCGUCCAAUAUUGUUUAAUGAAAGCUUGUUAAAGUUAUUUUCUUCCCUCCCACCUUCUUCUCCCCCUGUAGAUAACAGAAAAGGUAUAAUUAAUUAUAUGUACCCAUAUAUGGCAUCAUUAUUCUAGUUCCCUGCUGCCAAUACGCUGCUAAAACGUUGCAUCUUCUCUCUUGCUGGUUUGUGUUUAAUUUAUUUUAUGCCCUGGGCAUCCAUCCCUGUGUGUUGCGCGCACUCACGCCUGGGAGAGUUAGUAUUCCUAAGUUGUUUCCCAAAAUGCAUUACGAAACGCAAAGUUAAGACUUCCAAAGUAAAUAACUUUUGGCUAUGGAAUUGUUCGAAAACGGGGAACUUGGGAGUUUAUAUACUGUAUGAACGUACCCAGUCUGUGUAUGGGAUCGCGAGAAAGUUGGCGUCUUUUAGGAAACUUGGCGCACGCACUUUAUCAGCCGCUACUACUGUGGCUCUGGGACAAACCAACUGCCAAUUGCAGACCAGUUAUGUUUUUUUUUUUAAACACGGCCACUUGUAAUCCUUAAUUAAGCUAUUUGCAAAUGUUUGUUUAAAAAAUUUAAAUGAAAAAAUAUCCAGUAGUGUCAAAAGCAUUUGGUCAAUUUUAUUUUGCUUUGUUAAUGUUAGAAAAGUUAUUUAUUGUUGAGUGUUUGCUACCAUUUCUACUUAUCCUGAUUCAUUUUUUUACGUUUUCUACUCGAGAUCAUUUUAUUUUAAGUUAGCAAAGCCAACUGCCAUUGUUUUAUGUAUGUCCUUUUGCAAAUGAUAAAAAUAAACUUGAAAAUACCUUUUAUUUGUCACUCAUUUGUAACAUAAGCAUUGAAUACAGUUUAAAAUAACCUUAAA